AUGGCGCCCAGAUACUUUUCCUUGAGAUGGGAGGGCACCGGCGACCAGUGGUGGUUUGCCUCCCCGAUCGAUUGGGCAGCGGCUAACGGGCACUACGAGCUGGUCCGAGAGCUCAUCCAGAUCGACGGAAAUCUCCUCUUCAAGCUGACGUCACUCGCCAGAAUCCGGCGGCUGGAGGCCGUCUGGGACGACGACGGCGGCAGCGGAGGCGGCGUCGCCAGGUGCCGGUCGAGGGUGGCGCGGAGGCUGAUGGAGGAGUGCGACGCCCUGAGGGGAAACAAUUCCCUCGUCAGGGCCGGGUUCGGCGGAUGGCUGGUGUACACGGCGGCGGCGGGUGGUGAUUUGGAGUUUGUGAGGGAGCUUCUGGGGAGGGACCCGCUGUUGGCGUUCGGUGAGGGAGAGUACGGGGCGGCGGACAAAAAACUAUGA